AUGUUUUACAAAGUACUACUCUUUUUGAUCCUGAUUCAUGUGACUUUUGCUGGAAAAGGAAAAAUUAAAAAUUUUGGUGGACCGCCAAUUGCUCCAGGAUGGGAAAGGAGGUUCAGAGGAGCGUUCCAAGAUUAUUGGAACUUUUAUUUCGAUGAGGACAGUUUCGAUAAGUGCUACAAAGGAUGCAAGAAGCAACACCCGAAGAAGCUUUUCCUUGGGAUUUUCUUUCGAAGAGGGAGAAAUUUCAGAAAAUGCGUCAGUAAAUGCAUGUUUGAAAUGAGGCGAAAAGAUUUCGAAGAUGUCAUUUCUACCUCACCGAGCCCAGUGGGACCAAAGAGCUCAUCGAGCUCAUCGAGUUCGAGCGCAUCGAGUGAACACGACUUCAUCACGUCCUCGAGUGAAGACUUGAUCGACUUUAAGGGCCCACUGUAUAAAAACUGGGUUACGUUCGAAUAA